GCAGCUUGGUCAUUGUAUUAAAAAACAUCCGAAUCACACACGGCAGAUUUAACUUUGACGGCUUCAAACAAUCACCAUUUAUUAAUUAAAGCUAUUGUAAUUAUAUUUUUUUAUUUUAUUUAAAAGUUUAUUUAACCAGCACUUCGUCGGUCCAGUAACUAUUGGCCACGAUGAAAAAAUUUAUUUAUUUUGGUCUGGCAUUUUUGCUCCUCAUCGGUACGGUGAGAAGUGAGGAUGAAAUUGAAGAAGAGGUUGGAACUGUUGACAAAGACUUCGGAUCAAGCCGGGAAGCUUCCAGGACCGAUGAUGAAGUUGUCAAAAGAGAAGGUGAGGCAAUUAAAAUUGACGGACUGAAUGCUGCUCAAAUCCAGGAACUGCGUGAGCGAGCUGAGAAAUUCACAUUUGAAACGGAAGUUAACCGUAUGAUGAAACUCAUCAUCAACUCUCUGUACAAAAACAAGGAAAUUUUCUUACGUGAGUUGAUAUCCAACGGCUCGGACGCAUUGGAUAAGAUAAGAUUCUUAUCGCUGACAGACAAGAGUGUCCUGGAAUCUAAUCCCGAGUUGUCAAUAAGAAUAAAGGCUGAUGUGGAGAACAAAAUCCUGAGUAUCACGGACUCUGGUAUCGGUAUGACCAAGGCCGACUUGAUAAACAACUUGGGUACUAUUGCCAAGUCUGGUACCGCUGAAUUCCUGGGUAAGAUGCAGGAGUCGAAGGCGCCGGCAGACAUGAACGACAUGAUUGGUCAGUUUGGUGUCGGAUUUUACUCUGGAUUUUUGGUGGCCAACAAGAUUGUCGUCACUACUAAGCACAAUGACGACAAACAGUACAUCUGGGAGUCCGACAGCUCCAGCUACAGCAUCGUCGAGGACCCACGUGGGGACACUUUGAAACGCGGUACCACAGUGAGCCUUCACUUGAAGGAAGAAGCUCUUGACUUCUUGCAGCAAGACACGAUCAAGUCUUUGAUCAAAAAGUACUCGCAAUUCAUAAACUUCCCGAUUUACUUGUGGGCCAGCAAGACGAUCCAAGUUGAAGAGGAGGAAGACACCGAGACCAAGGAACCCGAUACCACUGAGAAACCCGAGGAAGACGAUGAUGCCGCGGUUGAGGAAGCUGCCGAAGAGGGAGAGAAACAGAAAAAGAAGAUCGACAAAACCGUCUGGGACUGGGAGCGCAUGAAUGACUCGAAGCCCAUCUGGACAUUGAAACCAGCUGAUGUUCCUGAACAAGACUACGUCGACUUUUACAAAUCUCUUACCAAAGACACCCAAGAACCUCUAGCCAAAAUCCAUUUCGUUGCCGAGGGAGAAGUCACUUUCAAGGCUCUUCUGUUCAUCCCCAAAGUCCAACCUGGAGACAGUUUCAGUCGCUACGGUACCAAAGCUGACAACAUCAAAUUAUUCGUCCGGCGGGUGUUUAUCACCGACAAAAUAAACGACAUGAUGCCAAACUACUUGUCAUUUAUCCGCGGUAUCGUCGACAGCGAUGACCUUCCACUUAACGUUUCGCGUGAAGAUCUCCAGCAGCACAAACUCAUCAAGGUCAUUAAGAAGAAACUCAUAAGGAAAGUGUUGGACAUGAUCAAGAAAAUAAACAAAGAAGAGUACGAAUCAUUCUGGAAGGAGUACAGCACAAAUAUUAAAUUAGGAAUCCUUGAAGACUCACAGAAUCGCGCUCGCUUGUCGAAACUCCUGCAGUUCAAGUCAUCCGCGAUGUCCAACCUGACGACGCUCAACGACUACGUGUCUCGUAUGAAGCCGAAUCAGAAGGCAAUUUACUACAUCGCCGGAGCCAGCGAAGACGAAGUUAAAAAGUCUCCAUUCGUCGAACGUUUAAUUAAAAAGGGCUACGAAGUUUUGUAUCUCACCGAAGCCGUUGACGAGCAUGUCAUCUCCGCACUGCCCUCAUUCGACGGCAAGAAGUUCCAGAACGUCGCCAAGGAAGGAUUCACACUCGACGACAGCAAGAAAGCCCAAGAACGAAUGGAGGAACUCAAGUCCACAUUCGAACCUCUUACCAAGUGGCUCGGAGACGUUCUCUCAGAGUACAUCAACAAGGCUCAGGUGUCCGAGCGUCUUACAGACUCACCCUGUGCUCUGGUGGCCAGCAUGUUCGGCUGGACUGGAAACAUGGAACGUCUCGCCAUCUCCAACGCCCACCAAAAGGCCGACGACCCCCAGAAAUCUUACUACCUCAACCAGAAGAAGACUCUGGAGAUAAAUCCAAGACAUCCGCUGAUCCGAGAGCUUCUGAAGAGAGUCGAAGCCGACGCAGAAGAUGCCACCGCCAAAGAAAUGGCGACUCUCAUGUUCAAGACCGCUACCCUCAGGUCCGGGUACAUGCUCCGCGAAACCGCGAGCUUUGCCGCCAGUGUUGAGCAGCUAAUGAAGAAGUCUCUAGGCAUUCCUCUAGACGAGGUGCCUGAGGAAGAAGAAGAGGAUGACGAGCCCCUAGAAAAUGCUCCCGAAGACGACGCGCAGGAAGUUGAUGCCGACGACGAGCCGAGAGAUGAUGAGCAUGAUGAACUUUAAAUUUAAAUAUUUCUUUCAUUCCUUUCAUCUGCAAUCGUCAUUGCAAGCAACCGCAUCGACUGAUUAAAAACUCCUGCGGUUUUUUAUUUAAAAUGUUUAAAUCCUCAAUAUCUGGAUACUGUUUUAAACGCACGAUUUUAUAUUAUAGUGAAGACUUGUAUUAUUUAUUAAUUAAUUAAUCAAAGUUUAAAGUUACAAUUAUAAUUAAA